AUGAGACUUUGGAUCGCAAUUGUUUUAAUUGUAUCAGCUUUGGAAGGUGUGCGGUCCCAGGUGCAGCUGGUGGAGUCCGGAGGGGAUGUGAAAAAGCCCGGAGACUCUCUCCGCCUCUCCUGCAAAGCCUCCGGAUUUACUUUCAGCAGAUACCUUAUGCAUUGGGUCCGACAGGCUCCCGGGAAGGGGCUGGAGUGGGUGGCUGAGAUUAGGCCCGAUGGAUCGAGCCAGUCGUAUUCCCCAGCUGUUCAAGAGCGAUUCACCAUCUCCAGGGACAAUUCCAAGAGUGAGCUGUAUCUGCAAAUGACCGGCCUGAAGCCCGAGGACACCGCCCGCUAUUACUGUGGCAGACACUUUUCACACACAGUGACACUAACACUGUCGAUGCUAAUACAAAAACCAGAGCUGCGGAACUUCCCGCGCCUGCCGCAUGGCGGCAGCAACGACACAAGCAGAACUCUCCUGUCCUGGGUGCAAGAGAGCGAAGGGGCCUCUGAGCCAGCGCCGGGCUUCAGCUUCCCAUCCCGCCUGGGGACCGAGCCGCCAGCCGCAGACAUGACCCCCAGCCUGGCCAUCGCCUUCCUCCUGCUGCUCCCCGCGGGUGUCUAUUCCCAGGUCAGCCUGGUGGAGUCCGGAGGGGGAGUCAGGAAGCCCGGAGAGACCCUCAGAUUGACCUGCACCGUGUCCGGAUUCUCCAUCACUAGCUACGCGGUGAACUGGGCCCGCCAGCCAGCGGGGAAGGGGCUGGAAUGGGUCGGAGACAUCUGGUCGGGUGGAAGCACUCGUUAUAAUGACGCUUUAAAAAAUCGCCUCACCAUCACCAGAGACACUUCCAAGAGCCAAGUGUUCCUGCAACUGACCGGCCUGCAGCCCGCAGACACCUCCGUGUAUUACUGUGCCAGACACACAGUGAGAGGAAACCUAUCCGAGCCCGGCCUAAAACUAGCCGUGCAGAGAACCAGCCUUCCCGUGUGA